CCCACGCCUCCCUCAUCAUGCCCCCCUUCGCGAUUAUCAUUCCCGCCGGCGGUUUCGACCACGCGAUCGUAUACAAAGAUGACCUUCCCGCUCCUCCUCCCUCUGGCCACCUAAUUGGCCUCGAGAUCCGCCGCUGGCUGGCCUCUCUCACUCCCCCGGGCUUCGAUCAAGACCCGAAGAAACUGUACCACCUGCCAGCGAAUGAGAUCGGCCCGCUCUCCCUCCUUCUCCAUGGCCAAGAGAGCGACGAGGUCGACAUCUUCCUCGCUGCGCCGAUCACCCCACCCCCUCUGCCAGGCGAAAUCGAGUUCGGCCUGGCAAAGGUCUGGAGAUUCCCUCGCGGGACCCAGCCUCCCCGAAACCUCGUCAUUCCUCCCGCCCCUUCGCCGCCCGCCGCCACAUCAUUCUCCUUCCGCGUCCCGCCCACCACCCCCACACCUCCCUCAACCAGCUCGUCGACAACCCGCAUAUAUGGAGGAUCGGGCCUGCUCAGUACGAGGCACGCCAGGGCUGAGAAGAAGAAGCGCAAGAGGCAAGUCGAGAGGGAGCCUCCGAAGCGCGAAGGUCUGAGAGGUGGAGCGACUCGGCCAUCGUACUAUGAUGGCCUGUCCUCGGACGACGAGGCGGAGGACCAAGAGGAGGCCGGCGAGGAGGGCGAGCACAAAGUCAAGGACGAAGACAAGGGCGACGAGGACAGCAAGGACGACAGGGACAACGCGCAAGACAACACGCACGACGAUCAAGCUGCCUCCCUGGCCCAGCUGGGUCGCAAAAUCAAGGCAGAACCAGAUACAGACGAAGAGGAUGAGCUCAUGAGCUCGCCCCGCGCCCCUCCUCCCUCCUCCCACGUCCAGUCUACCUCGGACAAGGGCAAGCAGCGCGCCAUCGAGCACAAGAGCAACAGCAGCGACGAGAACGUCCCCUCAGCCCCGGCCAUCAAUCCACCACGCACGCUUCGCACGCCCCGCAAGCCAUCCCGCCGCGAGCCUGACCCCUCCUCAUCGGACGAGCUCAUGAGCUCGCCUGGCGCCCCUCCUGCCUCGCAAAAGGGCAAGCAGCGUGCUAUCGAGCACAACAGCAGCAGCAGCAACGAGGACAUCCCCUCAGCCCCGGCCAUCAAGCCACCCCGCCCGCCACGCAAGGCCGCCCGCCCACCGCCUGGCCCUUCCUCAUCGGACGACGAGUUCACCUCUCGUCCCUCAAUCUUGAGCUCACUCCCGAAGGGCUCGACAUCGCGACACGCCCGCUUCGCCUCUCCCUCUUCUCUACAGCCGGAGAUUCCGCGCGUCGCCGCUACUUCUUCCUCCUCCGCGUCUCGUUCCUCCUCUGCUUCCUCGCCCUCACUCCGCGCCCCGCCAACCUCCGACUUCUACAUAGAGAUACCCCCAUCCUAUCCCUGUUCUCACUCUCGUAUUCCCGGUCAUUGCGGCCUUUCCUGCAAUGACGAUGACGUGGCUCCUUCGUCGCAGACUGAGCAGAGUACUCCGCCCACGUCGCCUACGCCGCCCACGCCGCCCGCGCCGCCCGCUCUCACGCCCGCAUGGCCACCCAAGGAUGCUGCGCCAUUGGUUGGAUCUGACGACGACGACGAGGAAGCUGUACGAGCCGCCGCCGAGAUCCUGGCCCAGCGCAUAGCCCGCACGAUGCCUCCUCCGCCCCCAUCGCAACGCCAAACAAGGACUGGGCAACGUCAAGGCGAAGAUCAGAGGCGAUGGGAGGACGAGACGAUCCUAUCUCGCCUCGUACCGGCGGCCAGGGCAGCAAGGACGGGCCAGGCUAUUCGCGAAGCUCGCGCCGACGUCACACAGCCUAACUUCUUCCAUCGCGGCGACGUGCGCUCUCUGGAGGCUACAGGGGUGGAGGAGAUGAGGAGGCGUGGCGAUCCUACAUUCUCUGCAGGCAACAACCUCGUCUGGCACGAGCUGCGUUGCGCGAGCGUCGUUGCAAAGCGCAAGGUACGGGUGCGCUAUCAUGAGGGCUGCAUUUCAGGCAUAGAGAUGGUCAGGUAUGCGUGCGGGAUGACGGACGAGGAGCAGGCGACGGGGAUGAUGGCGAGGCUGGCUUCAAAGGCGGUCCUGUACUGUCGAACGUGGGAGGAAUACCAGGCGCUGCUGGCAGCGUUUCCACACCUCGACGCCAGGCAUCAUACGGGCACGGGGACCUAUCUCAUCGUCGUGCGUUGGAGAGACCGCAAGGGGAGGCUGCAGAUGUCCGUCUACGUCGGGGCGACGUGGGACCAAGCAAUGGCGGACAGGCACAGGGAUCACGUUGCCCGCUUCAGGGAGCUGCGUUGGGCCGAAGAGAACCUCAGGCCAAGCGAGGUUUCCCGUUUCCAGUACGGGCAGUCAAACCUGUACCGUCGCAACACCGUCGAGACGCUUCACUUUGUGCUCACGCAGACGCCGCAGAACCUCGAGCUCGACAACGUAGGCCACUGGUACGAGCUUCUGGCUCACGAACUCACGGGCGCCAACGUCGCUGCACUAGGCGAGACUCCCCUCGGCCCCUGCCAGUCACGUCGCAUGGUCACUUCGAUGGAUGAGCAGAUCCUGUGCGUCCUCUUCUUCGCCAUGGCCUCUGCCGCAGGCUUCCCCGGCAGCGCAGACGUCGAGGGUGCCCUCUGGCCAGGUCGUGCCGCUCACACUGGCUGCAACAGCGUCGUGCCCUUCUGCCAAUUCGCCGACCUACGUACCAGCCCAAGCCCGGACGGCAGCCGUAUCGACUUUAUUCCUCCUUGCGUCCCAAGCCGUCUCAACGCCACGCAGCGGGCAGCCAACGCCGUCCAGAUGAUCAACUGGAUCGAGGACCCGCCCGUUCCACUCUCGCCAAGCCGUGCCGACGCUCUGCGCGAUGCUCUUCGUGCUCAGGACACGGCCCCGCAGCUGGCAGAGCCUCUACACGCCUUUGGGAUCGGCCUUCGCCUUGGAGAGGCUCGUCUACCCGUCGCGAGGACGUCCGAGGGACGCGCCGCCUUCUACCUGCCCGGCGACGACCACGACCAUGCCCUAUUGGGCCACCUGACCAACGCGCCGGCCGCCUCUUCCUCUCGCCGCUCUCGCCAGCUCGUGGUGCUUCCCGUCGAGGCAGAUGCCAACGUAGAGCAAGACGUCGUGCUGUCCGCCAGCUCGCGCGACCUCGCGGCAGCCAAUGGAGUGCGUUUUGCCCUGCGACCGAGGGAGGGCGAGGGCGCAGACAGGCCCGUGACCCGCUGGCAGAGGAUCAAGCCGGAGACGAUGGGCAUCGAGGUGUGGAAGGUCGUUUUCCUCCUCAACGUCAUGCUGCGAGCGUGGGGCGCGGCGUAGGCGUGCGCGUG